GGCUGCAGUUUCCUCUCCCGCCAGCAGCGAGCAGCAAGUGGAUGCGCGAUCCGAGACGAAGCAGGCAGCGGGCGGGCAGCACGGGCUCCGCGGGGCUGCCGACCCCCCCUACCUCUCCUUCCCUCCCUCCUCCGCCCUAUGCGGGUCCCCCACCGUCUCCCCUCGCCGUCUGAUGCCCCGCAGCCCCGUCGAACCGGGCAGCAGCAGCCGCCCCGCCGCCCACAGCCAUGUACCUGCACCCGGAGGCUGCCAGCGCAGGGUCUCCCUCCCGCGACGUCCUCCUCGUCUCAGCCAUCAUCACCGUCAGCCUUAGCGUCACCAUCGUCCUCUGCGGGAUCUGCCAGUGGUGCCAACGCAAACUGGGUAAGCGUUACAAGACUUCCCUGGAAACUGUGGGAACUCCAGACUCCAGCCGAGGCCGCAGUGAAAAGAAAACCAUCAAUGAUCUAGACAGAGACUUUUGGAAUAACAAUGACAACACAGUGCAGCAGAAAUGGAGCUCCUACCCUCCCAAGGAGUUUAUACUAAACAUUUCACCUUACGCCCCGUAUGGUGACCCGCGGCUUUCCCUCAAUGGCUCUUUGUUAUCAGGGGCCAAGCUGACGGCGUCGGCUGCCGCGGGGUUGGCGGGUGACCGCGACGGCCACGCCGGGGAGAAGCAGCGACCUGGCGAGGACGGCAUGAGGAGCAGCGUCUCUGCCCACAGCGAGCCCGGAGCGGGGAAGGCGGCACGAGGCCGCUGGCACACAGUGCAGAGCCACUUGGCCGCAGGGAAGCUCAGCCUGUCCAAUUUCGAGGACUCCACCUUGUCCACAGCCACUACCCUUGAGUAUAUCCCCACCUCAGCAGGCGACCCCAAAUGCCAGAGGCCCCGCACGCUCAUGCGCCAACAAAGUCUGCAGCAGCCCCUCAGCCAGCACCAACGCGCCAACCACAGCCAGCCCACCACCAGCCAGAGCCUGGGCCACCUCCAGGCCCACAGCGGCUCCUCCGCCGGCGCCGGCAACCCCCGGGGCUCCCGCGGUGGCCAGGCGCGCCAGGGCAUCGCUGCCGGCUCCAAGCAUCGGACGGCUGGUGGCCGGAGCCGCUCCAAUCCCGGCAGCUGGGACCACGUGGUGGGGCAAAUCCGCAACCGCGGCUUGGACAUGAAGUCCUUCCUGGAAGGCCGGAUGGUGGUGUUAUCUCUGGUUUUGGGACUCUCAGAGCAAGAUGACUUUGCCAAUAUCCCUGACCUGCAACCCGCUGGGACGCAGCCGAACCAGCCGAACGCUCAGGGGGACAAGAGGUUGCCAGCCGGUGGCAAAGCGGUGAACACAGCGCCAGUGCCCGGACAGCCACCGCAGGAUGAGUCCGACCGCAAGACGGAACCGCGUUCCUCUGUCUCUGACCUGGUCAACUCCCUGACCAGCGAGAUGCUCAUGCUCUCCCCAGGUUCUGAGGAUGAUGAGGGCCACGAGGGCGUCAGCCGGGAGAACCUGGGACGCAUCCAGUUCAGCGUCGGCUACAACUUCCAAGAGUCCACCCUGACUGUCAAGAUCAUGAAGGCGCAGGAGCUGCCAGCCAAGGAUUUCAGCGGCACCAGCGACCCUUUUGUCAAGAUCUACCUGCUCCCUGACAAGAAGCACAAGCUGGAGACCAAGGUGAAGCGGAAGAACCUCAACCCACACUGGAAUGAGACCUUCCUCUUUGAAGGGUUCCCCUAUGAGAAGGUGGUGCAGCGGGUGCUGUACCUCCAGGUUCUGGACUACGACCGCUUCAGCCGCAAUGAUCCUAUCGGGGAGGUGUCCAUCCCCCUCAACAAGGUGGACCUCACCCAGAUGCAGACCUUCUGGAAGGACCUGAAGCCGUGCAGUGAUGGCAGUGGAAGCCGUGGGGAGCUGCUGCUCUCACUGUGCUACAAUCCCUCUGCCAACUCCAUCGUGGUGAACAUCAUCAAAGCACGGAACCUCAAAGCCAUGGACAUCGGAGGCACAUCAGACCCUUACGUGAAGGUGUGGCUGAUGUACAAGGACAAGCGGGUGGAGAAGAAGAAGACAGUGGUCAUGAAGCGGUGCCUGAACCCCGUCUUCAAUGAGUCCUUUGCCUUCGACAUCCCCACAGAGCGGCUGCGCGAGACGACCAUCGUCAUCACCGUCAUGGACAAGGACAGGCUGAGCCGCAACGAUGUCAUUGGCAAGAUCUACCUGUCCUGGAAGAGCGGCCCCGGGGAGGUGAAGCACUGGAAGGACAUGAUCGCCCGUCCCCGGCAGGCGGUGGCACAGUGGCACCAGCUGAAGGCCUGAGCGCCCCAGGACUGCGGGGCUGGGGGUCCCCCUUCCCAGUCCCCAUCACCCUUCAUCCCGGCGAGGGGACUGAUGGGACAGCAUCCCGGCUCGCAGGGACCCUGUGGUAGGAGGGGGACGGAGCCCCCAAGCCCCUCGAUCUCAUCUUUUGGGCAUGGAGGGCACGCAGCCGCCUGGGACCCCUGGCCAAAAAGGGUGCCAGAAGCAGUGACCUCCCUGUCCCCACCCCCAUCACCAGGCAGGACUUCUGCAAGUACUUCCAGCCCUGGUUCCUGGGAGCCCCUCAGCCCCUCCCUGGCCUUGCCCCCCGUUUCAGGGGGCCAGGCUGUGGGUGCAAGAGGGGGUCCCCACUUCCCCUCCCCUUUCAGCUCAAUAAAACCUCUCCGAGCCGUCAGCGUUGCCCGAGCGGGGCUGUGGAGCCCCCCCAUGCCCUAUCUCAUCCCCACCGCCCUCCUCGAGCCCCCCAGGCCGCAGGGCACAGGCUCCUGGGAUCGGAAGCCAUGUCACAGUUCGUUAGCCAAAGCAGGCUCGUUUGUGCACUGCCUUCAGCCGGGUUUGAUGCUUUACCUCUGUCUCCAGGCUUGGUGUGAGGUUGAGAAGCCCAUCCUGGAGCUCAAACCCCCUGCAUGGGGACCCCAGCUGUCAACGCCAUGUCCACAUAGAGCUGGGAACACCCCAAGGGGACGCUGAGCCCCACAGCAUCCCAUCCUCUUCCAGCUGGGCUGACCCAGGCACCUGGGAUGCUCCAGGAUCCCCAUGAACCCUGUGCUAACCACUGGGGUCCUUGAGGAUAAAGGAUGGAGCAAGCACCGUUCGUUGUCCCCAACCUGGGCAGGUGGCAUCUCCGGGGCCAGCAGCGUCUCCGUGGUGCCUGUAUCUCCAGUUGGCUCUGCUGGGAUAUGUGUGCCGGACCCCUGCCCACUCCCACUCCCAAAACAAGGGCUCCCCAAAGCAAGGACAAACCCACUGGAGACUGUCCAUGGGGCUUGGAGCAGCUCCUGGGGGGUGACAGAUGGGAUCUGCAGGUCCUCCCCACCACCCGGCGCUGGUGGCGUCCUGGACGUGCGUCCCGGCAGGACCACAGCAGUGUUGGGUGGGAUGAGACACAUCCCCACCCAUCUCUGUCUCCGGAAGGUGAUACCGUUGCCUCUCGCUGUCCCGCUGCUCCUCCGGACUGGCACAAGGUGAGGAUGCGGUAGCCAGCAUCUGGGGGCCUCCUGUGGGCCCUGAGAUGCCUCAACAGCCCUGUGUUGGGGACAUGGAGCCCCUCCAGGCUUGGGGUCCCAAUGGGGGCUUUGGGGUCCGAGCUCUCCCAGAGGAGAGGACAGGUGGGUGCUGCCACCUCCGCAGCCAUCUCAGGUAGGACAUGGCCACCCAGGGGCACCCAGAGCAAGCCCAAAGGCAAUCAGUUGCCCCCCAAGGGAGCCACCUCACCUGGCCAAGGGUCCCCAUUCUCAGUCUUCCUAUUCCCCCAUGGCAGCCGUUGCCCUUUGCCCCUCCUGCACCCCAUGGCAGGGUGUCACCGAGCCCCCCAACCCCUGGCUGUCCCCUGGGGGGAGCUGCAUCCAGCCGGGAGCUGUGACGGAGCGUGUUUCACCUCGUCACCAUCAUCCCUGGGCCAUGGCGUGUGCCAGCACCCGGCACAUCUCCACUGGCGUUAAUGCCACCCCAGCGGGCACAGGGUGCUGGGGUGGGAAGCACCCCUUGAGGUGCUCCAUGGGGCUCCUCCACCGCACCCCCUAAAGUCCUUGAGAUGCCCAGGCUGCUCAUUCCUCCUCCUGCCGAGGAGGACACCCGGGACACCUCUGGUGGUGCCACCUUGGGACACGGUGGCUGCAGCCGGGAAGGGUUCGGCAGCACCCGCGGUUCCUCUAUGAGAUGAUUUUGGACAAUCUGGAGUGAAGUCAUAAAACUGCUACCACAGUAAUAAUAAUGCUUUUAGGGACAUUUGUAUUUUUAUCAUAUUCUCUCCUUUUUUACCAUAAAAGAAGAGAUUUACACACCGGAACCAAGGGGCAGCAGGGUCAGGGCACCCCAAGGCUGGGCAUCUUGGCGCCCCCCAUGGAUGGAUGCCAAGCUGGGUGCCCACCCAUCACCCCUGGGGCAUCUCCUGCUCUUCCGGGAAGGCUUUCUUGUCCACAAUCGGCUUCCUGGGGCUUGUGUGUUCAUUUUUAACUCUAGAGCUCUUAGCCGUUAUCUUGUUCAGGUAUCUCUCUUCUUCAUGUGACGGUAACAUCCAACUGGUGUGUCAAAUACAGCAAAAACAGGACAAAAAAAAAGAUGAAAAACAGGACAAAAAAGACAGCAAACAGGAAAAAAAAAGACAGCAAACAGGAAAAAAAAAAGACAAAAAAAAAACAGGAAAAAAAGUAAAAAAAAACACAGGAAAAAA